ACAAGUAUUUAAAGGCGAGCGAUAAGUGAUUUCAUUAUCAGUUUAAUUUUGCUUCACCACAGUAAAACACCAAACAAAAACCAACACUCAAAAUGUUCAAAUACUUCGCUCUCGCUUUCGUCGCCCUCUUCGCCUUCGCUGCCGCCGAGCCUAAGCCCGCUGUGGUAGCAGCACCAUUGGCCUACUCAGCUCCUCUGGUUGCCUCCCCCUACGCCGCUGCUUAUGCUGCUCCCUAUGCCGCUUACGCCGCCGCUCCUUAUGCCGCCUACGCUUCCCCCUACGCCGCCUACUCCGCUUACCCAUACAGCGCCGCCUAUGUGCUCCGCAAGUAAACGGAAUGUAGCAAAAGAUACCGGAAUUUAAGGAUGAAAAAUGAAAAAAUAAAACAAAACCAUAAACGAUAAAUAA